UAGGAAGGUCUGUACGUAACUGUAAAUUAAUUUGUUGAUUGGAUCCCAGAUGGUGAAUUGGAUGGGGAACCAAUGGCCGAUGCUGACCGUGGGACCUACAAUACCUUCAUUAUACUUGGACAAGAGACUUGAGGACGACGCAGACUGCGGGCUUAGCCUCUUCAAGCCCAAAGCAGAAGCUUGCCUCCGGUGGCUGAACUUGAAGCUGCCUUGUUCCACCGUCUACGUAUCGUUCGAAAGCUUGGUGUCUCUCGGAGAGGACCUUAUGAAAGAGCUCGCGAGCGGGCUCAGGUUGAUGAAGAGCCACUUCCUGUGGGUGGAGAGAGCGUUUGAAGAGAAGAAGCUAUUGAAUAUAACAGUGCCUAUAUUUCAUAGUCAAAUGUCUGAGAAGGGUUCGGUGGUGAGGUGGUGCAAUCAGCUCCAAGUGCUGAGCCACGGCUCUGUCGGUUGCUUCAUGACCCACUGCGGGUGGAACUCUACCGUUGAGGCACUGAGCUUGGGAGUCCCAAUGGUGGCAAUGCCUCAGUGGGUGGACCAGCCGACCAAUGCCUCGUUUGUCGUGGAGGUUUGGAAGGUUGGCCUCAGGGUUAGGGCUAACAAGCGAGGGGUUGUGACUGGGGAAGAGAUCGAGAGUUGCGUGAACGAGAUCAUGGAGGGAGGAGGGAGAGGGAAAGAGAUCAGAGAAAACUCCUUGGGUUGGAAAGAAAUGGCCAAAUGGGCCAUUGACGAAGGAGGUAGUUCCAAAAGAACUUCCAAGAAUUUGUCUCAACAUUCUUGA